UCCCCCAUUGGGGUUAUGUUCCUCUGAAACCCUAGUAAAACCCUAGUUCACUUCUCAAGUUAUCUUGCAGGUUCAAAUUCGUCCACCAAAAACAAUUCAAUUUCCUUCCUCAUUCCCCACAUUGCAUCCAUGGCGGAUCGCGAAGGUGCUGGCCUAAACCUGCACGCAAAGGUCACACACGACGCGAAGCUCAAAGAACUGCUCCACAGGAUCACCUCGCUGGAGAUAAAGCUAUGCUCCGACGCCACAAAAGAGUUCAUCAAACUCCUUAAAUCCGAAGACGGAGGAUCAUUGCUGCGCGAGUACCUUCGCGGUUCACCGAAAUGUUCUGAGUUAUUGGGAGCAUGGAAGCUAAGGCAAGGAAAACAGGGAAUGCACUAUGUAUUGGACUUAGUUUCCACCAUCCUUAACCACCCUAUCGGAAAAUACAAUCAUGCUGACGUGGAAAGUGUGAGUGUUAGCAAAGAACUCGACAAGUUCGCGAGGUUGAUUUUUUCUGAGUAUAUAGGUGAUGUUUAUAAGGAGUUGAGUAGUAAGGAAGUGAAGCGCCAGAAGGCUGCACUUAUGCUCAUGGUUUCGGUGGUUCGGCGGGGACAUAGUUUGGCCUCUGAGGUUGCCAAGAAUUUCGAUUUUAAGCACCCGGAAUUCAAGCGAAUUGCGGAGCCUAAGAGGAGGAACAAUGACGAGAGGAGUGCCAAGAUUGGGGGGAGGUGGUUAUUAUUGAGAAAGUCGUUUGUUGGGUUCGCUAUGUCUUUUUUGGAGGUUGGGAAGCCUGGCCUACUCAGAUGGAUUCUGCAGCAGAGGGAGAUGUAUUAUGGCGUGCUUCGUGGAUUGGGAAACGACGAUGAUGAGACAGUUAUGUUUGUUUUGACGACUCUGCGGGACAGGGUUCUUGUGAAGGAGUCGUUGGUGCCACCGAGUCUGAGGAGUGUGUUGUUUGGGAGUGUGACGCUGGAUCAGCUGGUUGGUGUUUGUGGAAGGGAUGGUGGUGGUGAUGCUGCUGAGUUGGCGUAUGAGGUUCUUGUUAUGGUUUGUACUAAUCCGAUUAAUGGGUUGAUGCCGGACUUGGAAAGGCGUCCGAAUCCAUUGAAGGGUAAUCCGAAGAGGAUCAUGGGGUUCAUGAGAAAGCUGAGGGGGACUGAGAUUCAAUACCACAGAGAUUUGCUUUUGGCGAUUUCUAAUGCCAAAUUUUCUUUUGGCUUGUCAUAUUUGAAAGAGUUUCCAUACAACAUUGAAGAUGAUACAUCACCUUCAUGGAUAUAUGCAAUAUCUCUGGCAGCUGAUUUGGUUUCAUCAGUGGGGAAUGGCCUUUCCAAGGAACUGGUUGAUUGUCAAUCAAAGGAUCUGCAAUCAUUUGACAAAAUGGAUUUACUCAGUACCGUGAAGUGCUUGUUUCCUCGUCCAUUCAACAGGUCAAUUUUUAAUAAGGGAUUGCUUAGUACUAAACCUCAUGUGAAACAUGGCGCUCUAAGGCUUAUCCUGGAGUUAAUGAAAUUUCUAGAUUCUCUCUUUGGUGGUCUGAGCCGCAAUUCGAGUUUUAGAUAUAAAUUAUCACAAAAUAUGGGGUCUACCAAGCAGGAGAUUCAGAAUUAUGUUCAGGCAUUUCUUCCUGAUCCUCAAGUUUUAAUAUCUCUGAUUUACCCUUUAGAUUCCUGUUCAGAAGCACAAGAGUCAAGUUUGAAGAGAACUGCAUGUGAUCUUGAACAUGUCAGCAACAGCAGAAAGAAGUUAAAAAUGGAUACAUCAGAGAAUGAUGUAGAUAUAGUUGUUGGUGGGAUUAGUACAGGUCCAGAUAUUGAUUUGGCCAGCGACAGUGGAGCAGUUGACAAUGACGUAAAACCUGAUACGUUGGACGAUGAAGAGGAUCUCAUGAAUAUUAUGGGGGAAAUUUGGAGUGUGGAUCUCUGUUCCAUGGGUGUCAGCACAUUGAGGGAUGCAGAAUCAUACAUAAAGUCUAAACUGCUUGAUGCUCUCAAAUACUAUCGCCGAACUUUGCCUUUCACUCUGGAUAAAUCUUUUGAGUCUUUCAAGGAUCUUCUCAAAAACCCAUUGGAGUUAACAAGUAAUCUGCAGGCCUCAUUGUUGUCUUUGCUAGCGGAAUAUAUUGAAUGGUGUCCGGAAAAUGAUAUUCCAAUAAGAACUCCUCCCAUGUUGUACAAAUAUCUCCAGCCGUUACUUAAGUUGCUAAUGUUUUCACCAGUCAAUGGUGCAAGGGAUCAGGCAUAUAGGCUGGCUAUGGCAGCUAUGUUUAGUACUGGUGCUUUUGACAGGAACCCUCAUGAAAUAGAAGCAUGGUUUUUAUAUUUACCAGGUUAUCACAAAACAAGAUCCCCCAUCAAUAUCCUGGAGGUAGAAGUAUUGCAGAGUUUGUGCUCAACUGUCAUAUCAUUCUUGUGUGAUGCUGUUUCUACAAUUGGGAAUAAUUUAUUCAAAUAUUGGAGUAUUCUUAAGAACUAUGUCGAUGGUUUGAAAGGUGGAAAAGAGUUUUCACCUGAUUUUAGCCCUUUGACUGUAUGUGUGCUGGAGAAAUGUCUAAGGGUGAUCAGAUCUAAAUCAGGAACCUACUCGCUGCCUAAAAAAUCAAUGGUAUUAUCAUACACUUGCAAUACAGUCAAGUCUCUCUUGCAAACACAGGUCGAUGCUGAAUUGUUAUCUGCUUUAGUUACUGCAGACUUAACGCAGAGACUUGAUGACAAUUAUGAAUAUGACGGAGCAUUUCCCAAGUGGAAGCCAAUGAAGAAUUUGUUGGAUUUUCUGGAGAGCAUAUCAUGCCAACAAAAUUGCUCACAUUUCUCUAAGAAUGAGGAAUCUGUGCCUCCUGAUGGCUCCUUAGGAAGUGCACUUGGUGAUAUAAAAGGAUUAUUAAGUAGCACUGCUAGCAAUGAGAUGGCUGAAACAUCCAUGGCUCUCCUAUCCUCCUUUAUUUGGGGAGGAGUUGAUGAUAAAUUGAUGAAUCUGCGAUCACAUGCACUCAUUUCACACGACUUACUUGGAGUUCCUUUCUCACUUUUGUCAUCAGUGUUUUUUCUUGAUCCUAGUGUUAUUCUCCAUGCUUCCAAGCUGUGGCCUGUAAAGUUUGCUGUUGGCUUGGACAUGGCCAUAUCAGAUCUUGAUAGUAAUAGUCAAAAUGCUCCUCCUGUUGAUACUUCUGAUCUUACUUCUCAUCCUGACUCCCUAACAUGCAACCAACUUCUGGAUUCUUCUGAAGCUGAUGUCACUGCAUUCAGUAUCUUUCUAAAACAGGCACCUUUCCAUGUGAUAUUUCCUGCAGUGAUGUGUAUGGAAGGUUCUGAUAUAUCAAAGGUAUCUAAGGUGAAAGACCUGCUUCUGCAUAAAUUAUCUAGGUCCAUGAGUGAUUCCUCCCUUCUUCACUCUCUGAGACUUGUGCUCUUCUGGACUCACCAGAUUCAGUUGUGUUAUAAAGUUAAUCCGUUAGCUAAAACUGAAUGGCAUUUGAAUCUAUGUGUCAUUCUUGUAAGGAAGAUGCUAGCACAAUUGUUGGUUCCAGAAGGUUCUUUGGACUGCUCUACAAACUCUGCUUUUUGUUCUUCAAGCUAUAACACUCAAGAAGUGAUUAAAAUAAUCUUUUGUCAUCCUUCUGUUUUGAUGUCAUUAUCCUCUCCAUUGGGAAGUAGUCACAACUUUACAAAUGUCACUGUAGGGAAUGGCUUUGAGGUGGUCAACGGAUUAUCCGGAGAGGAGUUUCACAAAUUUAGGAAUCCAAUUUUAAAUAUAUUGAGAAUGGCUCUAGACUACAUGUGGUCCUUAUGUAGUACCCAACUUUGUGCAUCAGAAGCCCAAGAAGUUACCAAUAAUAUUGUGGAAGCCUUUAAAGGUCUUCAACACAAGCUAUUUGUAAUUGUUAGAGACAGAUUUGAGCUGUGUAUUUCUGCUAAAGAUAUAAUACCUCUCCUUCCAACAUCAUAUGCAUUGCAUUUUUGCAUUCGGUUUUUAUCUCCUUUUAAGCUCCUUGAAUUAGUAGACUGGAUAUUCAAAAGAGUUGAGGUGGAUGAUUUGCCAACUAAGAAAUCCUGUUUGUCUAUUGGAUGUUCCUUGGUUGCCGGUGCUUUUAAUACUUUGUCCAUUUAUUUUCAACAGCCAAUCAGGAACCGAGCACCCUAUGAUAACUUUUGGGAGAUAUCUGAAAAGAAUAUGAGAGCUGAUGUUUUCGAGCAGAUCUACAGCAGGGUAGUUGAGUUUUCUCUAAAUUAUGAAACAGAUUGUGCAGAUAAAUGCUUAGUUGAAGCUGUGAAUGCUUUGUAUAUGCAGAAACACAUGCAACAAGAAACAUUUCAUCCUUUGCUGUUGGUCAUGUGCAAAAUUGUAAUGGUUACUCCUGUGCGAAUGCUUUUUCAAUGUGUUCAGAAAACAAAUGCACAGAGAGCAAAAUUCCUGUAUAUCCUCACUGAAAUGAGCUCUGUUCACUCGUCAAUCUUUGGGCAUUUAUUUUUGGCUGUGGUGAAUAAGGGUUUAUAUCAUGAUAAUAUUGGAUUUGAGGGACAAGCCUCUGAUGUUACUCUUUCAGAGGAUCAGUUUUUGCUGCUUCUACCUGCUGCUUUGUCUUAUUUGAGCCAAAGCUCUAAGAGAUUUGGGAGGUGCAAUGAUAAAGAUCUUAAACAUUUACCAUACUUUUACUCCAAGAUUCUUUUGAAAGGUCUUAGUGAGUGGAACAAAUUUAUUUCAAAAGACAUAUUUGAGGAAGAAUAUGGGGAAUUCUUUCCAGCAUCUGUGCAACAACUACUGUGUCAUAUGGAUCAUAGUCUUCUUGGAAAAUCAAUCCAUAUGUUGCAGUACCACUUUGCUCUUAAUGGAGAUUCAAUGAAAUUGAAGAAGCGUCUAAAGCUAUUCAAAUCCAUUUGCCAACAUUCUGCUGCACGUGAUGAACUGAUGGACUGUGAUAGUCAAGUUAUUAAUAAUUAUUUGCAAAGCAAAUUGGAUACAUCCAGGAUAAGAUAUAUAAACUUGUUGGUGGAUAUUUGGCAGUCUAUUGUUAAGAAAACAUCUUUGCCUCCUCCUAAUCAGGCUGGAGCUGGAAAAAGCACAAACAUUUUGUUGCUAUAUAAUCACUUGGAGGUCUUUGUGUUAGAAAGUAUUCUUGAGUUAACAGUAAAGAUGCAUGAUGGUCUUAUCCAGUUGCAGUCCAUUGCUUUCCUAGAGCAAUUAAUCAGACAUGCUUUUCUAUAUAGAUUUGGUGAUUUUACAACAAUGAAGACCCUCCGUCUUAUAUUAACUCAGCUUAAUGAGGGCAGCCUAUCAUGUGAUACAUAUCUUCAGUUGUUACUUGCCCACUCGCAGUUUGCCUCCACUCUUUAUUCAGUGUGCAAACCAGCAGGUUCCUUAUUCAAGCCAGUAUCCAGCAUUCUGAAAUGUCUUGUCAUCCCUUCUCAUGACCAUCGUGAAAAUGAUGAGAAGCUCACUGAGAAAUUGACUGAUCUUUCUACAGGACCAUUGGAAAUUGUUAGAUUGCUUCGGGUACUCUUAUGGAUGAGGGGUCAUCAAACUGAUAUAGAUUCUGGAAAUGAUAUUGGUAUAAAUAUAAAAGAAUUGCAUGCACUACUAUGUCGUUGUUAUGGUGCAACACUCAAUCAGAUUGAUUUGGAGAUAUAUAAUCUGAUUCAUGAAAUUGAGUCUAUGAGUGGAUCACAGUCUUUGAACUUAUCUGAUGUGGAGUGCCUAUGGGGACUUGCUUCUUUGGACCCCAACAUGGGCCAUUCUCUUGAGCAGUGUGCAUCUUCUAAUAUCAAGUUUGAUUCAGAACCAAUUGAAGUAUGCUCUGGAAGCCAAAAUAGAGAGAACAUUCCAAUUGAUCCUGACAUAUGCAUUUCAACAGUUCUCAGUUUUCCAUACGAUAGAAGUAUUGCCGAUAUGCUACCAGCAGGAAACAAUAUUGAACCAGAUACUUUUGGUAAACAGAUACAAUCUCCUCUUGUUGAAGUCGGACUACGUUAUGAUCCACGGUUUAUCUUGCGUUUCUCAAUUCAUUGCCUGUCACAGUCACGUAUAGAGCCUGUGGAGUUUGCUGGGUCAGGAUUGCUUGCAAUUGCAUUUGUCGGCAUGUCAUCAUCAGACCUUGGGAUAAGAAAAUUGGCUUAUGGUACUCUUGAUAAAUUUAAGAGUGCAUUAGAGAACUGCCAAAAGAGGAAGGAUGUCAUGGGACUUCGGCUUCUAUUAAAUUCUAUUCAGAAUAGCAUAGAAGAGCCAUGGCAAAAUAUCCCUUCGUUUAUUGCGCUUUUCGCUGCUGAGGCAUCCUGCGUAUUGUUAGAUUCUUCACACGAUCAAUAUGCAGCUAUAAGUACAAUGUUGAUACACUCUUCUAAAUUGAACAUGAGGGUUAUACCUUUGGUUGAUAACUUUUUUUGGAGUACAUCUAUAAAUUUCAAAGCUGAAAGGUGUUGGAUGCUUAGGCUACUUUAUGCUGGCCUGAACUCAGAUGAUGAUGCCAUCAUAUAUAUCAAGCACUCUAUCCUUGAGAGUCUAAUGAGCUUUUAUGUCUCUCCUCUUAUGGAUGUUGAGUCAAAGGACCUAAUCAUUGAGGUUAUAAAGAAGUCAGUUAAAUUUCAUAAGAUUGCUCGACAUCUAGUGAAACAAUGUUCUCUACUUUCCUGGUUUUCAUCUAUCAUCUCUGUUAAUAGGGAGAGGCUCAACGGAGAAGAAAAGAGAGUAUUCUUGAAGCAUGUGUCGGUAAUAUUGAAGGCUGUCAAUGAUGUCAUUUCAUUGGGAAGAAUCUCCAAGUGGUUGCAAAGUUAUGGCCUUGAGCAGCUUAUGGAGCUUUCGUCUAUUCUAUUGAAUUCCUUACUACAGGAUGUUACAUUUGCUAAUGAAACUUUAGGAUUUAUAAAUCCUUUUCUAAAAAUGACAGCAUCAAUGUUUAAAUUAUCUCAGAAAAGGAAAAUAUAUCAGCCACAUUUUACACUAUCAAUUGAGGGCUUAUAUCAGAUAUAUCAGGCUGGUAGUAAGUCGGAUGAAGCAACAAAAGGUAUUAAUCAGGAGGCUGCUUUGGAAGCCAUACUGAUGAAUGCACCUCCUAUCUCAAUCUUCCUUAUGAAACAGGAAAGGCUUGAAAGCUUUCUUAUUUGGGCUAUUACAACUGCUUUACAGUCCGAUUCCUCACGAAGGAUGAGAGCGAAUAAGUCUCGCAUCUUUCGCACAAAUAAUUACAGGGAAGAGUCUCACGAGCGUUCGUUACUGUCAAAAUUAUUACGUUGGUUAACAGCAUCAGUAAUCAUUGCGAAACUCUAUCAGAAACCCAAUGAUAUGGAUUCGGCAUUUGUUGAAACACAUGAUUUAAAUUCCCUUCAUUCUUUACUGGUACAAGCUGGAAAUGCCAAUGGACAAAGACAUGAUAUUGGAAUUGGCUGUGGGAAGUUACUGGCUUCUGUGAUUUUCUGUCUGCAACUUCUUCAUGACAUAGACCCUGAGGUGCUACCAUCAACUGUCUCCGCUCUCUGUCUUCUAACCUUUGGUGCUUCCAACUUUGCAGUUGGCAGAGGUGAUUUAUUGAAAGAAUACAGCACUUUGAUAUCAUCACACUGUUCAAGGGUGCGGUGCCCUCCUGAAGCUAAUCCAGCUUGGAGAUGGUCCUUUUACCAUCCAUGGAAGGAUUGUUCACCGGAGUUAACUGAUUCCCAGAAGAUGGAUGAAUAUCAUUCUUGUCUGACUUUGUUAGUGGUUGUCUCAAAUGUUCUUGGCGAAAAGAAGUUAGAGUUGGCGAGUUUAUCUCCAUUAGAUAUAGAGAGAUCUGGCUUAUUCCAAUGGGAAAAAAGUUUACUAAAAAAUUGAGUGCUAACUAAGAAUUUUAUCUUGUGUGGCAAGGUAGUGUUUGUGUUAGGUUUGAAAGAAUAAUGUUAUAUAUAUACAUCAUUUUUGAAGAUGUUUCUCAUCCGAGGAAAAAAGCAUGGAGAAAGUGUAUAUAUGAUGGCGCUCACUUCAGUUACUUGUAAUCAAGAUAUGUAUAGCAACGUGAGAAGCAUGAGUGUAUCAUUUUUGUAACUUGUUUUAUUUAAUUUAAUUUUUUUAAAUUAAGAAUUACAAUUUUGUCAGCUCAUAUAUGUAUUGUACUAAUAAUGUACUU